AUGGUUUUCCCUGCGAACGUUCAUUUUGACAAUGGUGAGGUUGAGGUGAUAUGGCAGGAACUGUUUACAGUUGAAAGAGAAAGUGUUGUGAUUGCAAGUAGGUAGCAAAUUCCAUUAGACCUUGCUUUAUGCAAUGACCAUCCACAAAAGUCAAGGUAUGUCAUUUGACUUCCUAGAAGUUGACGUAACACAAGUCUUUGAACCUGGGCAAGCUUAUGUUGCUGUUUCGCGAGCAAGGACUGUUCAAGGUUUACGGAUAACCGGAUGUCGUGAAAGACUACCUGCAAUACCCCAACUUGUCAAGGAAUUUUAUUCCAGUGGUGUUGUAAAUGCUAGUGAGUUUGAGGUAGAAGACAUGCUCAUGUCUUCGAAGAAACAGGACACGAUCAGCAUGCCAAUCGUCAGUGUGGACGAAUGUGUGCCUGUUCCUAGCGCAGCCAAAGAAUCGCAACCAUUUAUGAUAAAGGAAAAGUUCUCGGGGAAUAAACUUCCAGAAGGUGCCAUGGAUAGCAUUCACAGGCGAGUGAAAAAAGAAUUCACGGUAGGUGAUGAUGUUUCUGAUGUUCUUAAGUCGCUGAAAUUAGAAGAAAAUUAA